ACAAAUGUUAUUUUUAAUGCAGUCUCUUACUAUUUAAAACGUGUAGUUACUGUAAGUAUCCAGCAGAGGGCGACCUGACAGCGACCUACGCAGCAGAAAAACGAGCUUUCUAAGUCAGCGAAGUAUAAAAAUAACUCAUGCUUGAUUUUAUCUCGAGUUUCUGAGAUGUUGUGACCAAACUGACCUCUAAUCAGUCCUUCCUGUGACUCCGAUCAGGCUUGGAAAAGCAUUAUAUAAGAAGAACAGCAGGGCCUUUCUCUGUUUACCAUCUUCUUCUCCUUCUGAUGUGUGCUUGGUCAGCUGCCCAUUUAUUAACAAUGACAGAUUCAGCAGACAGAGGCUGYGUGUCUUUGCUUUUUCUCUCAUAUUCCUGCAGCUUUUUCAGUGCAGCUUCUUUUUGCAUGCAUGACUUUGUUUAUUGCCUCCAUCAGAACGAAAGACGCACAGGAGAAAUGCUCAUUUUUAAGACAACUGCACAUUUUUAGAAACCCACGGUUACUUUUUCCAGCCUGGCACACGGUAUUAACAAGGAAAAUAAAUAGUUUUAUGAUUAUAAUUAGCUUAAAAGCAGGACUGGUUGUUUUGCAAAACAAAAUUCAACACUUGCACUUCAUUAUCCUGUCUAAAGGUUGUUAUUUCUCUACUCCCACUUGUGCAGAACCUGUUCAAGAAUAUUACCUACAAAUAGUCUUAUUGUGUUGUAAAAAUGCAAUACGACUAUUUGUCUUACUGCAUUUACAGGCUAGAAUUAAAAUAUGGAUUUGAAAGAGAGGAAACAUUAGGUUUUGUGGGCACAGGGAUUAGUUUCCAUUGCUUGGAUGGAGUGUUGUUCCAGGACAUUCUGCCAUGCCGCUGUCAAAUUUACACACACAGGAACCAGAGAGGAAAAAAAAAAAAAUCUUUCAGGCACAGGAGGCAGAACUUGAGAGGCUAAAAGUUUACACAAAAAUGCGCUUACUAUUUCUCUUUCUUAAAAUUCUCUUUCUUAAAUUUUGGCUUUGUCGAAAAAUAUGAGCUUUUCAAAAUUGGAGUUUUUCGAUUAAGCAAAUUUAUUUUUGCAAUUCCAAUUUGAUCUUAUGGUCAAUGCUAGACACACAGCUAUUCAUAAAACUGGACGAAAUACUCAAAUCUGUGAGGGAAUAUUGAAAGUUCCCAWCUUCUCUCCUAUUAAAAAGUUAGACGGUUGAAACUUGGACAGAGUUGGGAGAAAAUUUAAGAACAGGCAAUGAGCAACACCAAUUUUGCGAAGAGUGGUCAAAUAUCCAGCCAGAAUUUUCCAGGAAGCUUCUAGAUAUUGACCCUUUACUGGUGACGUCACUCUCUUCGAAGCCCGCUCCGCCAUGAUGGAUUUCAAAACAACCAAUGAAUUUUAAAAAACAAAAUGAAUCUGGGGUUUUUUUUUUAUCUACAUUGGCCCAAAGAUUUUUUGACGAGCUUUACAACCUGUAAAAAAAAAAACACAUCUGUAACCUAAUCACUUUUAUUUAGUUGAUUUCACAGUAAAAAUGGUCAUAGGGUGCUGCGYAACUUCUAACGAGGAAAGAGGCGGCGAUGGACAGCAGCCGUUAAUCAUAAUGACUGUCAGCCCUCGGUGUAACCGCGGAUUUGCAGCGAACACUUUUUACAAGGCAAACUGGAACAGCAUUACCUGGCAGGCAUCCAAGGACAGAAACCAUGAAAGACAACAACGGUGGAUACGAGAACCAGCUAUUCAAAGAUGAGGACUUCUUGGGAGAGGAGGAAGAAAUGCCUUCAUUUAGAGGUCGUUCAAGAGUUGGCUGCGUGAGAUGCCAGCAAAGCCACUCUCUCCAGCUGGCUGUCAAGGUCCUCUAUGGUUUUGUUGCUUUCCUCAUCAUAACUGUUGCAGUUCUGGCAUCACUGGUGUUUAAAAAGGUGGACAAUUUGUCUGAAGAGGAAUCGGCGCACAACAAGAAGAUUGCAAAAGUUCAAGAAGGAAUGGAGGAUCUGAGGUCUGUGUCGAACAGUUCAGACUGCCUGGACGUCUCAUUCUACAGUGAAGAGAUCAGCAGGCUAAAGAGGGAAUUUGAAGACAUUCAGAAGAUGAUACUGGGUCAAGAGCAGUUUCUGGAUCAGGCGUCCCAAACCCAAACCACCAUAAAAGCAACAAGCAACCAGCUAACAUGGGAAGUCCAAAACCACCUCAUGUCGCUCAAACUCCUCAACCAAUCUCUGGAGAGAUUCACCAAUCAGGUGCAGGGUUGGAAGGAGGUGAUUGAUGAAACGGAAGAAAAGAUGAAAACUAUAACGGAGGAUCAGUACGACGUAAAAGCAACGGCGCAACAAGUCAACACAACAGUAGCACUAAGCACAAUGUGGAUCGAUGCCCUCCAAAAAAAAGCGGAUGAAGAGACUGCCGUCCUACAGACGUUGACGAGUAAUUUGCAGAACUACAGUCGAGUUCUGAGCGCCAUCAAAUCCAACACCAGCAACACCUCCCAAAAAAUGCGCUCYMUUCAGAGCACCAUCAUAAUAGAUCAUCAGAAAAUGGCCAUGUUCUCGGAYGUGAUCCACGACCUCACACAACAGGUUAUGAACCUCCAGAUGCAGCUCGACAAUGUGACGUCGCUAAUGGAUGAAAACGAGGAGAACAUGCACGAUCUUCAGUAUCACUCCAGGUACUACGAGAACCGGACAGGUGAGCGUUUCUCAGCUCUAGAUGGCCGUCUGAACUCCAUCGAGAUGGAGAUCGAAACCAUCGCCUCAAGCAUCAACGCCACUGUCAGCCACGUCCAGAGCAUGUACAAGUACAUCAACGUGGAGAGCUCCUCCUGCAAGAGUCGCCUGGGCAGACACACCGAAGACCUACAGAACAUGAACACCACCGUUUUCUUACUGCUCAACUUGGCCAGCACUCUGAAGCAGCAGAACCUGCUGCUGAAUGUUCGUCUAGACAUGGAUGUGAGGAAUCUGUCGAUGGUGAUGGAGGAGAUGAAGCUGGUUGAUGUUUUUCACUCCAACCUCAUAAAUAAUUUCACUAUUCUUAAAGGCGUCCCUGGGCCACCUGGGCCCAAAGGAAACCGUGGUGAGACUGGCCCAAAAGGACCCAUGGGCCUUUCUGGCAGUAAAGGUGACCGAGGCCCAAUAGGAGGCCGUGGAACCAUUGGCGUGAAGGGUGCACUUGGUGUUAGAGGAUCAUCAGGAGAACCGGGCCCUAUUGGCARCAGAGGGCCCCCAGGUCUAAAAGGAGCCAAGGGGUCAAUCGGUCUUCCAGGCCAAAAAGGGGAAAGGGGCCAGAAAGGGGAUAUGGGGCCCUCUGGUUCUGAUGGCAUCCCUGGGGUUGAAGGACCUCCAGGAAUCCAGGGCCAUGUAGGACUACCAGGUAUCACCGGACCUCCAGGACCGAGAGGAAAACCUGGGCCAACAGGGCCAUCUGGACCACCAGGUACACCUGGACCUCCUGGCUUACCGUACAGGCAUGAGCCUCAGCAACAAACCGUGACGCCUGCUGCUGGCUCCAAGAGACAGUAACUCUGAGUAAAGUGUCUGAGUGCGAUGUUUUCAUAUGGAGAAGCUGAGGAAUGACCAUUCUGGAGCUAAAAUACUGAUUUUAAUUGAAGACACACAAGAAUUCAUUCAUUGGAUUGUGCAAAGCCAUAAAGACUAAAUAAAAAAUGCAACACACCGACUUCACGAUCGAAUUUGACAAAACAUGGUGAUGAUGAAAGGAAUAAGGAAGACCAAAGCAGCCUUCUAUGGACUCAAYUAUUGAGUGAAAUUUUAUCUUUUUCGAUUUGUAUGCUUGAGUUUUUCAUAUGGCACAUGUGUAUCAACCAGAUUAACUAAAAAUGAUCAUCUUAAUAGGUCUUUAUCUCAGAAUGUACCAGAAUAAAAGGAUGURACAUAGAGGUUUGUUAAGACAAAAAAGCAUUUAAAAGUAGGAUGGUAACCACGAAUUUGUAAAGAAUCAAAGUAUCUACUUAUUUACUAUACACAGAAAGAUGUCCAAUUUGAAGCACUUUAUUAUCUCUAAAACGUGAAACCUAAAGAGAUUUCAGAGCGGGAACUCUGAAAACAUUUUUAUGAACUUGCUGAUUUGUAAAGAAAAUGAAGAAAUCACAUUGUUUUCUUUUUUUAAGAUAUAUUUUUCAUAUAUUACAGCUUGUGAGGUGACACUGACUAACAAUAAAUAAUUGGGUUUCUCAUGGAAACAACAUGUUA